CGAAGAAGGCACGCAGCAUCAUCCUCGGGACGACGCAAACAAUUCACUCGUGAUAAUUCUGCAGCAGUCAUUCGAUCUGGACGCGUAAAUCCAUCGCCCAUUCGAAUCUCAGGCCAUUCCAAUCGCGGUCCCAUCAAAUUUUACCUUUCCGCCUGGAAGAAGUCGGAGCGCGUACAGUACAGUUCAGGAAACGAGUUGCGACUGCCCCAGUCUAGUCCAGUCCAGUCCAACCUUCCAACUUGGAUCCACAGUCUUUCUCGCACCCCAACGCUAGUUCCCCCACCGAUCUCAACAAGCCCCUCUUCAAACUCGCAAAAAAACGUUACCGACCACUUACUAGGGCUUAGUGCAUUUGAAACACUUUGAGCUUUAUAACUCUUUUCCUCUCCGCCUCCCACCCUCACUUUUCCUCUUCCUUCCUCACGACAUUCCACCUUCCUCUGCCAUCCCACAACCAUGGCAACUCACGCACAACAACCUCCAUCAUCGAUGGCUUCUCCAUCAGAGCCCAUUCGUAACAAGAAGUACGAUCCCAAGAAGCCACACAUCACCGAGGAACCCAUUACCAAGUACAACUGGUACAAGCACGUAAACUGGCUGAAUGUCACCCUCAUCGUUGGUCUGCCAAUAUACGGUCUCGUUGCUUCCUACUGGACCCCUCUGCAAUGGAAGACCGCUGUCUGGGCUAUUGCCUACUAUUUCAUGACUGGUCUUGGAAUCACGGCCGGUUACCACAGACUUUGGGCACACACUUCAUAUUCCGCGACAACUCCCCUGAAGAUCUUCCUGGCUGCUGUUGGUGGUGGAGCCGUCGAGGGUUCAAUCAGAUGGUGGUCGAGAGAUCACCGAGCCCAUCACAGAUACACCGAUACCGACAAGGACCCAUACUCCGUCCGCAAGGGUCUUCUCUAUUCUCACAUUGGAUGGAUGAUCAUGAAGCAAAAUCCCAAGCGUAUUGGCCGUACCGAUAUUUCCGACUUGAACGAUGAUCCAGUCGUUGUCUGGCAACAUCGCAACUAUAUCAAGACUGUUAUCUUCAUGGGCAUGGUCUUCCCCUGCCUCGUCACCGGUCUUGGAUGGGGUGACUGGAUGGGUGGUUUCAUCUACGCCGGUAUCCUGCGAAUCUUUUUCGUCCAACAAGCCACCUUCUGCGUCAACUCAUUGGCCCACUGGCUCGGUGACCAGCCAUUCGACGACCGCAACUCUCCUCGUGACCACGUCAUCACUGCUCUUGUCACUCUCGGAGAGGGCUACCAUAACUUCCACCACGAGUUCCCUUCCGACUACCGCAAUGCUAUCGAAUGGCAUCAAUAUGAUCCCACUAAGUGGUCCAUCUGGAUCUGGAAGCAACUCGGUCUUGCCUAUGAUUUGAAGCAAUUCAAGCAAAAUGAAAUUGAGAAGGGCCGUCUCCAACAAUUGCAAAAGAAGCUCGACCAGAAGAGACAGACUCUCGACUGGGGUAUUCCUCUGGAGCAACUGCCAAUCAUCGACUGGGACGAGUAUCAAACCCGAGCCAAGAACGGUGACGCCCUUGUUGCUGUUGCUGGUGUCGUUCACGAUGUUGGUGCCUUCAUCAAGGAGCACCCAGGUGGAAAGGCCUUGAUCACCUCUGGCAUAGGCAAGGACGCUACCGCUAUCUUCAACGGUGGUGUCUAUAACCACUCCAAUGCUGCACACAACUUGCUAUCUACAAUGCGUGUCGGUGUCAUUCGAGGAGGUUGCGAGGUCGAGAUCUGGAAGCGAGCACAACGGGAAAACAAGGACAUCUCCUUUGUCUCCGACUCAGCAGGAAAGAAGAUCAUCCGGGCUGGAAGUCAGGUUACGCGCAUAGCAGAGCCAGUGGCAUCAGCCGAUGCUGCGUAAAUUUCCUGUGCUAUGAAUAAUGAGUCGAUGACAAAAAGAUAUGUCUGGCUGAGAGACCUCAAAAGAUUGCAUUUUGCUUGUUGUUUCUGAGCGUGGGAUUUUUUUAGAAGGCGUUAUCGGUGGGACACGUCUUUUUUAUUCCAUAACAUCUCUCGAAUGAGCGAGAGCAUAGCAAGCACAUUCAUGCACUCAUUGUAUCUCACGGUAUUGUAACAAUUUUGUGGGGAAUGGGUUGGGGUGAGAUGAGUAAAUAGGCCUAGGGGUCUGAAUCACAGUGAAAUACAAGAAUACAUUCACCAAAACCUGUGUACUAAACCUGACUUGAGUGAUCGUCUCCCACGACUUAUCAACCGACCAACCAUUCCAGAGUGUCAGUAUCACAUGUCUCUCUCCAUCUCUUUCGUUCUCGCUUUCGGCUCCACAGCUCCCAACGAAACACAUCUACACGUCAUACAGUACCUAGGUAAGUAUCAUAUGCCAAAGCCAGAACACCCAAUACU